AUGUGCCAGUUGGUCCCGGGGGGUCCCAGGCGCCUACGUCAUCGGCUUCAUCAGUGGCGCAGCCUAUUAGUGGCAAGGGGCGUCACCGGCCCCACCAGCGCCACUGACACCACAUCGACCAACGCUACUAGUGCGUUGGGGUCACAGCCAACCAAGAAGAACACCCGAGCGCUGUGUCGGCAGUUGAAGAAGGCGAAGGUCACCCGGGUGACCAACAGUUGUAUCAACAUUGGAUAUGAUGAGUGGCAUCGGGUUGCACCAACGACGAAGUUCAUAGCUCCUUGGCCCAAGACGUUGGUCACGUUUCAGACCCAUUGCCCGAUGCAAUGGAAGUCUUGGAAGGUCAUGCCUGACGAGAUUAAGACAGAGGUUUGCGGCCAGUUGUCGAGGACCUCUACGACUAGUCGUUGGCAUACGUCAACAAACUCUUCGCUGAGAGGUACAAGCAGUGGAAGAGCGACUUGCACCACCAUUUUGAGGCGUUUGAUGAUCCGCAAGUCCCUCUUCAAGAGGGUUGCCCGAAGGAGCUUGAGGGGCGGGAGGAUAGUUGGGCGUGGCUCUGCGCUCAUUUUUCAGGCCCCCAAUUUUGUGCAAAAGUCAAUAAGGGCAAUAGGAAGAAGAAGACUCUUCUCCACCAUUCAGGUUCCAGGCCCUUCUCAUAUAGGAUGGAUGCACGACGACGGGGGGUCCAAAUUCCAAGAGAUCGACGUCUUUGGCGACGUUUAUGUUCGACCUGGGAAUGAGUUGGCCGAGUCCCUUCAUGUAAACGACGAUGGUGGAGAGGAGCCAGUUGGUUCUUCAGGAGUCCGCCUCCCAACUUCCUCUCGAUACUCUGAUCAAGUCUGUGGAUCCUCCAUAGGAUUAGGGAUGGCAAUAAUACUCGUCGGGUUGGGUCCCCGUUGGGUCCCUGCCCCUAACGGGGGGAGUUUUAGGGGGGAAAUCAGGGCCGGGUACGGGGAUCCCCAAAUUUGCAAAAUCCCCGACCGGGGAUGGGCCGGAGAUGGGAUUGUUAUCCCCAUCCCCGAACCCAGCCCGAUAAGCACUUCCCCGACGGUGACGGGGACUGGAUUCCCCGAAAAGCCUAAACCGGGGAUUGGGGCGGGGAUGGGGAUGGGGAUGGUGAGUGGGGACGGGGAUGGUAUUGUCAUACCCGGCCCCUAA